GAAGAAUGUAGGUAAUCCAUUUUUGAAAAAAAUAGUUUCAUGCACCUACCGAAGGCCAUCUUAUAUUGUUAUAUAAACUAUGAUGUUGCUGGGUUAUUGUCAGAAGAUUUAUUCUACCUGUGUGUGAAUCAAUAUUCUAGCGAUAUGAAGAUUCUGAUUCUCUCGAUCAUCGCCGCCGCAGCCACCGCCGCCCCUGGGGGCUUCCCAGCGGACGCCGUCGUCUCCGGGCCGUCCGGUGUGGUGACCGCCCACGGCGCGAUCGGCCCCGCCGCCCUCGGGAUCGGCCCAUACGGCGCAGGGCACGGCGCAGGGGCGUACGGCGCAGGGGUGUACGGCGCGGCGCCGGCCGUGUCUCAUGCCUCGGUAGUCGGCCCGGCGGCCGGAUAUGGAGCCUAUGGAGGACUGGCAGGCCACAGCGGUCCUGGUCCUGAUGACGGCUACGCUGCCUACGACGGCAGUUACGGAGGAUAUGCUGCAGGCCUCGGCGGCCACGCCGGAGGCUACGGGGGCUACGGUGGCGGCCUGGGUCUCGCUCACGGCGUAACCGUCACCAACGGAGGCGGCACCAUCGGCGUGAGUCCCCACGGGGUGGCCGUGAGAGGCCCCCCGACCGUGCCUGCCACCAUCGCGGGGCCGGCCGGGAAAGUGGUGGCCGAGGGGCUUUAUGGCGUCCCCACGCACGGCCACGGGUGGUGAGAGACUGGGAUGAUGGUACAGGAUGAUCCAUGAUGAUGUUGGUUGAUAUGGAGAAAGUUUGUUUAUUUGAUAAAAGUUGGAUAUUUUUUCUGAAGAACACAAAAUGCCACCGAUCCACAUGGUAUCGCGAUUUUAAUAAAGCGAUUAACCACAUCAAAUAUAACUACUAUGUGUGUACCAAAUUUCUUGAUUUCAAUAUUUGAAUUUACCAACGUCAUUGCUAGGCAGAUUCUUUAUGGAUUUUCAGAUUGAAAUGAUUCAGGAAAUUCCAUAGAAUCAUUAUAGUUAUCGAUUCGCAAUGGCUAAAGAAUUACAUAACACAUGCUGGUCCAGUGGCAUGAGGCAUUUUCUGAGAGACGAUUGAAUAUAUAAUUUUCCAUGGCAACGUAUAACUUAUAGCUGAUGAGUUAUGAGAGUUGAUUCCUCGUUAACAGAUAGCCUUAUGCAACUGGCCCUUAGAAUUUCCAAUAAACUGCCAUUAAACUAAGUUCAAAGCAACUUUCGAUCGUUUACUUCAAAAUUAUUCAUUGAUUGUUUAUCAUUUCUAGAAUUCACAUGUGUUAGUUCUUGCAUUGCCAGUGUAAAGUUCUUUGCGUUUGAUUCAUAAAAAGAAAUUGAAUUACUGGUGAUAAUUUCGUGAUUUCGAAAGUGACGUAGUAUUAUUAUACCAUGAUAACAGGCUUUUAUAUACUCAUUUAUGUAUUAUGUACUCUCAUUUAUUAUAUAUAGUUUUUAUAUUGUUACCUUAUUCAACUGCCCAAAUUGGUAUGAGCAAUGAUUAUUUUUUCUAUCUAUGAUAAAAUGUAUCCAAACUAA